AUGGCAGCACUAGCGGUCGGUAUAGAUCUGGGUACGACGUACUCCUGCGUAGGAGUAUUUCAACACGGCCAUGUGGAUAUCAUUGCGAAUGAUCAGGGAAAUAGAACUACGCCGUCAUACGUUGCCUUUAAUGAUACAGAAAGAUUGAUUGGAGAUGCUGCUAAAAACCAGGUAGCUAUAAAUCCUAAAAACACUAUCUUCGAUGCGAAGCGAUUAAUUGGCAGGAAAUUUGACGAUCCAACGUUCCAGCAGGACAAAAAACACUGGCCGUUUCUGGUGAUCAAUGACGGUGGUAAACCAAAAAUACAGGUAGAAUAUAAAGGACAAACCAAAAAGCUGUCCCCGGAAGAAGUAUCCUCUAUGGUUCUAUCGAAAAUGAAAGAAGUAGCUGAAACGUACCUAGGAGCAAAAGUCAAUGACGCAGUCAUCACAGUCCCUGCAUAUUUCAAUGAUUCUCAGCGACAGGCCACAAAAGACGCUGGGUCAAUAGCAGGCCUGAAUGUUCUGAGGAUUAUCAACGAACCAACUGCGGCAGCGCUCGCUUACGGUUUGGAUAAAAAUUUAACAGGAGAAAAAAAUGUCCUUAUUUUCGACCUGGGCGGUGGCACUUUCGAUGUUUCUAUACUAAAUAUAACUGAAGGUUCGUUAUUUGAAGUCAGAGCAACAUCAGGAGAUACUCAUUUAGGAGGCGAAGACUUUGAUAAUCGAUUAAUAGAUCACUUUGCACAAGAAUUUGAAAGAAAGUAUAAGAAGAAAUUAAAGAGUAGCCCUAAGUCCAUAAGAAGACUACACACAGCUUGUGAACGAGCUAAGCGGACGCUGUCUUCAAGCACUGAAGCAAGUUUAGAAGUAGAUGCCCUCUUUGAGGGUAUUGACUUUUAUUCAAAAAUCACGAGGGCGCGAUUUGAAGAAUUGUGUUCUGAUUUAUUUCGAUCAACCCUUACUCCCGUAGAGAAGGCUUUAAAAGAUGCUAAACUUAACACGAGAGAAAUCCACGAUGUGGUUUUGGUCGGCGGUUCAACGCGAAUCCCAAAAAUCCAAAGAUUAGUACAGGAUUUCUUCAGUGGUAAAACCUUGAACUUAUCUAUCAAUCCGGAUGAAGCCGUCGCAUAUGGAGCUGCAGUGCAAGCUGCUAUCCUUGCAGGUUCCAAAGACACUCGUAUUCAAGAUGUAUUACUAGUGGAUAUCGCUCCAUUGUCUCUGGGAAUAGAGACGGCUGGAGGAGUCAUGACAACACUGAUUGCGAGAAACACGAGGAUACCUACUUACCAGAAGCAAAUAUUCACAACCUAUUCAGAUAACCAGCCAGCUGUCACAAUUCAGGUGUAUGAAGGAGAACGAGCGAUGACAAGAGAUAACAAUAUGUUGGGCACGUUUAAUUUGACAGGUAUACCACCUGCACCAAGAGGAUUACCACAAAUCGAAGUAACGUUCGACAUCGAUGCCAAUGGAAUCCUGAACGUAACCGCAGAAGAUAAGAGCACUGGUCGCUCUCAAGGCAUCACCAUAUCCAAUGAUAAGGGACGACUGUCCAAACAAGAUAUACAGAAGAUGCUGCACGAUGCCGACAAAUACAAGGCUGAAGAUGAAAUGGUUAAAAAGAAGGUUGAAGCAAGGAAUGCCCUCGAAGGUUAUUUGUUUGGAUGCAAGACGGCAGUAGAAGUAGCUGGUAAUCGCGUAACAGAAAGUGAGAAGCAUACUGUGAUAACGGCGUGCAACGAACAGCUUAAGUGGCUCGAACAAAAUCCAGACGCGUCGAUAGGAGAGCUAGAAUCACACUUGAAAACUGCUCAAAAUAAAUGCCAAUCUACUAUGAUGAAGUUGGUGAAUACAACUGGUAUUGGCAUGGGUCCUCCUGGAGCCAUGGCAGGUCCUCCUGGUGGCAUGGGAGGUCCUACUGGUGGUAUGGGGGGUAGCAGAAGAAGCUCUGGUGGACCUAGAGUCACUGAAUUAUAAACUACACUUUAACAGGACAUUCCUAUCAAUAUUAAAAUGAACGUUUAAAUGUAUAACGAUGCUGCGAGCUUAUCGUGAGGCAGCAAGGUUUUUUAUAAUAGUGUUAAAAGAAAAGUAUACAAGUUGCUAAAUUCUUUGUAAGCAAAAAUACGUAUUUAAUGUCUCAAUGAACUCAUAGAAAACUGAACUUGAAAAAACUUCCGAAAGUGUAAAUUAGUACCUAGCUG